GAAUCACGAGACAAUACUCGAUCUUUUUCUUCAACUGAAGCGCAAACAGAGCAGGCGCUUCAGAAUGGAUUGGCUAAUCAGGUCGAAGAAGUUUCUAACGACAUUCAAGACGCGCGUAGACGAGAGCGACGAAUACGUAGACAACAUCGUCGGGCUCUGAGAUCUUGUUCCAUGCCGACGUAUCACACUGCUGCAUCAGUUUCGACCGCGCCAGGAGUACCAUUAGUAUCACCUGCUAGAGGUUUUCUUCACCCUCCACCUCCGCAUUUGAGUUUUAGAGGCCUCAGUCUUGGCUUACCCUUCCCUGUACCUGCUAGUGUCUCUGCCUUUGGCAGGUGGUUGCUGCAAGCUAUGUU